AUGGUCAGCUUUGCCAAGGGUACGUCUUUGGCACAAGUCCACAGCAGGAGGCAUGUAGAGGUCUUUCGUCGUGCCGCAUCAUUGCUGAAGCGAAGAGCAGACGAGAUCGGCAGCAAAGAGCUUGUGCUCUUAGCUGACAGGGCGCUUCAAGGCCCUUCUGAUCCUCUCCACUAUCUCAUUCGGAUGAUCGAGGAGCUUUUGCCCAAGCUGCAGUCAGAGCUGGGCAGUCUGGUGCAGAAGAAGGCGAUGUGUGACAAAGAGCUGUCCGUCAACAAUUACACUCGCCACACCAAGUCCACUCUGAUCCAAGAGCUACACUCCACGGUGGAGCAAAACCACGCAGAGCUUCAUUCCAUUUUCUACCAGCUCAAGGCGUUGGACGAGUCGCUGGACAAAGGGCGCAAGGAGCUGGUCGAAGCUUCAAAGAUGCGGGAAGAGGAGAAGGUGCGGAAUGCGGGAGCCAUCAAGGAAGCCCACAGCGCGCAGCUUGCCGUGGAACAAGCAAAGGAGGUGCUUGAGGCAGUCUACGCACGAGCUGCUCUGCUGCAGACAGAUGUCUCUGCCUUGGAUGACGUGCAGGGAUCCUAUGACGGACACGGAGCACGUGGAGGUGUCUUAGCCAUGCUGGAGGUGUUGAUCACCGACUUUACCAAGCUGGAAGCCGACACCAACGAUGCCGAGGCGGCAGCGCUGCAAAAGUACCAGGAUUUCAAGACGGAGUGCUUGAAGGAUGUGAAGGUGAAGGAGAUUGAGAAGGCACACAAGGAAGGCCGCAGAGAGAAGCUGAAUGCGGAGAUUCUGACUGCCGAAAAGGAUUUGAAGCUGACAGAGAAGGAGCUUCAGGCAGCUCAGGACUACUUCGCAGAGCUGAAACCGAUCUGCAUAAACGGGGAGCCCAGCUAUGAGGAGAGGCAGGCCAAACGAGACAAGGAAAUUGGGGCCCUGAGGGAAGCGUUGAGCCUGCUGGCUUGA